CCUAAAUGCUGUCUUUUUCAUUUUAUAUUAAAUUUAAUUUCUGAGAGCUGUGUUUUCAUUAGCAAAAUUAGUGUUGUGUUGUGUAAAGGAGUUUUGUUUUCUUUGGAUUAACAAAUAUAAUGUACAGUAUUCUUGUCAAAUGACCUUGGUAACAGGCUGUAAACAGCAAAAAAGGAAUUGUAGUAGUUUUUAAUCAGAAAAGGCUCUCAUAUCUGUCAAUAGUUUUGUGUGUUUGUGUUGGCUGACAAGUUUUGGGGGCGGGGUUUGUACAGAGAACUUGUUGCUGAAGGCAUGGGGUGUGGUCUAAUUCAGUCAGGAGGAAGUUAGCAAAUAGUUAACUUUGUCUAUGGUUCUUGUUAUACACAUCUUUACUGCUGGCGCUCAUAGGUUUUCAAAUGUGACUGAAACUAUUUCAGACCCCUGAACUGUUGAAGAAAAUGUUUCACACAUUUGUUUUUUGCUGUUUGUGCUGUUGGCAUCUGGUCGGUGUGUUUGGUGUUACUGAUGAAGUGAAGUCAGUGUCAGUGAAGGAGGGAGAUUCUGUCACUCUACAGAUUAAUGAUACUGAAACACUGACUGGUGAUAAGAUUGAGUGGAAAUUUGGAACUUACAGGACUCUUAUAGCUAGAAUUAAGGGAAAGACCAGUAAGAUAUUUGAUGGUCUUGAUGGGAGAUUCAGAGACAGACUGAAGCUGGACAAUCAGACUGGAUCUCUGACCAUCAUGAACACCAGAACCACAGACUCUGGACUUUAUGAAGUACAGAUCAGCAGCAGCAGCAGAUCAGAGGAUAAACACAGAUUCAGUGUUACUGUCUCUGGUGUGUUUGGUGUUACUGAUGAAGUGAAGUCAGUGUCAGUGAAGGAGGGAGAUUCUGUCACUCUACAGAUUAAUGAUACUGAAACACUGACUGGUGAUAAGAUUGAGUGGAAAUUUGGAACUUACAGGACUCUUAUAGCUAGAAUUAAGGGAAAGACCAGUAAGAUAUUUGAUGGUCUUGAUGGGAGAUUCAGAGACAGACUGAAGCUGGACAAUCAGACUGGAUCUCUGACCAUCAUGAACACCAGAACCACAGACUCUGGACUUUAUGAAGUUGAGAUCAGCCAAAGCAGAUCAGACGAUAAACACAGAUUCAAUGUUACUGUCUCUGGUGUGUUUGGUGAUAGACACAGUGAAGUCAGUGUCAGUGAAGGAGGGAGAUUCUGUCACUCUACAGAUUAAUGUUACUGAAACACUGACUGGUGAUAAGAUUGAAUGGAAAUUUGGAACUAACAGGAAUCUUAUAGCCAAAAUUAAGGGAAAGACCAGUAGGAUAUUUGAUGGUCCUGAUGAGAGAUUCAGAGACAGACUGAAGCUGGAUCAUCAGACUGGAUUUCUGAUCAUCACACACCAGAACCACAGACUCUGGACUUUAUGAAGUUGAGAUCAGCAGCCGCAGCAGCUCAGAGGAUAAACACAGAUUCAGUGUUACUGUCUAUUUGAUUACAGCUUACUCCAUUUUAUACUACAGAUUUGACAUAUUACUUGACAUAAUUUCAUUAGUAGUUCAACUUUACAGUCACUGGGCCUCAUUCAUGAAACAUUCGUAAAUAUAGGAGUCAAUUCUGAGUAAUUUGCGUGUAAAACGGACCUUCCCGAAAACUGCCCUCCGGAUUAACAAAUGCUUCGUACACGUCAGAUUUGAUAGUUAAACAUGUAUGUUAAUGAAUUCCAAUCAUUCGUAAAUAGGGCGCUCGUGCACGCUCAUUCACAAUUAGCAUAGUCCCCGCCUAUGAAUUACAGUUACGCUAAUUGCGUGUCCAGGAACGCAGUGGAAUAUUCUGGUCUACUUUCUCAAGUUUGGCUCCAGUAUAUUGCAUAAAUGCCAAAAAAAUAAAAUAAUAAUAAUAAAAAAAGACUAAUAGGCCAUAUUCCUAACAAUAAAUAUUCAAUUAACGUGCGUCCACCAAAGUGUUUUUAGCCAGCUGAAAAAAUGUCAGGAGCUCUUCUUCAAACGACCAGCUGGUGGCGCUUAAGAAUGCAUUGGUGGCACAGUGUUUUUCCAGCUGUUGAUUUGGUUGCUAUGAUGUGGAAUAUCCACGGCAGUAACUUAUUACUAGUAUUUCAUUUUAAAGAAUAUUACUGAAUAUAAAAAAGCAGUAACCUGCAAUAUUAACUUCUCUAUUGUUGUUCAGUAGGAUGAUUGGUUAGUGUAGUAUUUGUCCCACCCUUCCUCCAAUCAGUGUAUGGGGAUGAUUAGGAGGCCAUGAUGGUCAGAGGCCAAUGGGCAAAUUUGGCCAGGAUGCCGAGGUCACACUUCUACUCUUUUCGAAAGACAUCCUGGGAUUUUUAAUGACCACAGAGAGUCAGGACAUCUCAUCCGAAGGACUGUGCUUUUUACAGUAUAGUGUCCCCGUCACUAUACUGGGGCAAUAGGACCCACACAGACCACAGGGUGAGCGCCCCCUGCUGGCCUCACUAACACCUCUUCCAACAGCAACCUAGUUUCCCCAGUAGGUCUCCCAUCCAGAUACUGACCAGGCUCAACCCUGCUCAGCUUCAGUAGGCAACCAGUCUUGGGCUGCAGGGUGAUAUGGCUGCCAGUGAUAUUUUAACCUGUAUAACUCUCUGGUGCUUCUCACUGGUUAAUAUUAGCAUUAUUUUUUAUUAUUAUUAAUCAGUAAUACAGCUGCUAAACCAAUACGACAGUAUUCAACUAUGCCCUGUUCCUCCCCACUAAAAAAAUAAAUAAAAAUAAAACCAGCCUAAACUGGUUUAAGCUAGAAGUAGCUGGUUUAAAUGGUAUGCCAACUUGGCUGAGCUGAGCCUGACCAGCUAAAGAAGUGGUCAAAACCCCUCUAAAACCAGCCAUGACCAGCUAA